GACACAAGGGAAAGGUGUGCUCAUGAACUCAAGGUACUACCGUGUUGUUGGUAACCAGCAACAGAGAGCAGUCAGCCUCUUACACAGUAACUGCAAACUCUGUGAGGAAAGACACAUUGUCACUUACUGGCCUGAGUGACGGAAGCACCAGCCAUGGGGUUCCACCCCUCAGAGUCUCUUUUGAAGCUGUGUAUAGCACUCCUGUGCAUCAUGCAGGCUAACGGACAAGUAAGUUUUGUGGGUCUCCCGGACACAGUAACCCUAUUACAGAGCUCAACUCAAGGAACCGUUGUUUACACAUUCCCCAUGGAGAACUGCAACAGCACAAACCCUACAGUAACCAUGGAUGCGAGCCCAACUACCAACUUUUUUAACACACCAUCUCUAUCCAUUGCUGGUUUGGAUUACAAUAUAGAGAUCACCCUGAGCAGCACCGUGGCCCUGAAUGCAGAUGUCGUCAACCAGUACAUUCUGACCAUUACAGCAACCUGUGAUAACGAAACAGUCUUCAAUCAACUGUUUGUGAUGAUCAAAAACGAUAUUGUCGAACCUCAGUGUGAACCAAAGUUUUCAAGUCAAGCUGGAGAUACAGUGACGGUUUACUCAAACAUUCCUGCUUCCAGUCCUAUAUACAAAGUUGUAUUACGGCAGCCCAAUAAUGCCCCGGUGACGUACAGCAUAAUACAGCCCAGUCCUUCUGUUUUCGCGAUUUCUACCAGUGGAAGUGUUCUUUCGCCAACUUCUGGCUUCACUAAUGCAGCCAAAACGUACCAGCUCCAGAUCAAGGUGACAGAUUCAUUGGGGAACAGUUGCAAUGGAACCCUGACCGUGGAAGUGCUUCCUGUGUAUCAGAAUCCCAUCAAUUUCACUGUGCAAUCCACAGCAGUAACAAUCAGAGAGAAUACUGGGCCAGGAGCAUAUGUGACAACAAUAACUGCGCAAGGGAACAAUGUUCAAUAUGAAAUGAUAAGUCCCAACUCUGCCUAUUACAUCAAUGCAGAUACAGGAAUAAUUCGUACAACUUUUAACCUGGAUCUGGAAAGGAUUCCAAGUCUGGCUUUCACUACUCUGCAAAUUAGAGCCUAUGACAAGAACCUGCGCAGCAGUAGUGCAAUAGCCACCGUCAAUAUCACCGUGCUUGAUGUCAAUGAUAUGGCACCCUUAUGUACUCCAGCUGUUAUUGU